GGCAAAGCACCGGGUUUAAACCCGGUGCUUUGGUAAAAACCCAAUAAACACCCAUAAACUCCCAUAAUCACCCAAAAAAAUAGGUUUUUACGUAUUUUUUUGAAAAUAUGUAAGUAAUACCAAUAAAUUAUUUUUAUAAAUUGUAUUGAUCAAUUCUACAAUAUUAAAUAAAACGUUAACUAAUAAUAUUUCAGGAAAUUUUAAAAAUCUAUAUAUAAUAAAAUGAAAGUAAUUAAUUUUCAGUGUUUUCAUGUUGCAGUUGAUCAACAUGUUGGCCUUUUGCUUCCCGUAGAUACUUUAAAAUUUCUUCAUAACACCUCGUUCGCACACAUGGCCGUAUAUAUUUAAAUUCUUGAGCCACUAACAGUCCGAAAUACUCAUUUCUUUUAUCCUCUUCUCCAUAAAUUAAGCAUUUAGAACAGUUUGUUUCUUCUUUCAGUAAAUUUUCUUUUACUUUAUCCUCGUGUUUUUUCUUUGUUGCGACGACGCUGGGUAAAUCAUCUGGACACUGGGUCUCACUAUCGCCAAAUAUAUUUGGAGAUCGGCUUCGGCUACGGCUUGGCAGACAUUUUUUUCUUUCUACAAUUUUAAAUUAAAUUUAUUAGAAUAAAUGCUUCGAACACACGCGAUCUAAGUACCUUUUGUGUUUAUUAUACCUUACCUACCUAGGUAUAAAAAGAGUACUUACGUAGAUUUUCUUUUAUUAACUGUUUUAUACGAAGAUCUUGAUCUCUCAAAUUAGCAUCCAUUUUACUUCCAGUGAUUAUCAACUAAAUUAAUAAUCCACAAAGUAUUAAAUAACGUUUUUAUGAAAUAUUUAGCACAAAAACAAUACCCUUUAAAUAUCGAUCGUCAGUAACUGUGGCUGACUUACCUAUAUUCUAGCAAGCAGGACUGCCAGAUGUGAAGGGGAAAUCCCCAAUAAAUUGUUGCAUGUGACUGAUGAUGUGAGCAUGUUCGUUUCAUAAUAAAAAUGUUGCCAGGUAACCAAAAAGUCGUAUGUUUUUGUGCGAAUUACGAUCAUAAUCUUUACGAUCGUACAUUAAAAAAUAGACAAAUAAUAGUAUGAGUACGAUUUAAAUCGUAUAUCUGUCAACCCUGCUAGCAAGACAGCGACAAAAUCACGUUGCAUAACAAUGUAGCCCAAGCUUAUAUCUUAUGAAAUAUACGGAAGAGAUACGGACUUAGAAAAAACAGAAAUGUUGUUCUUUGUGGAAGUCAUUGAUGAAAUUCUAUGUAUUUUAGCCCGCAAACUUUCUUCAAACAAAAACAGCGCCAUCUAGUAUCGAGUUCUGUAAUUAUCUCUUUGUUUAUGGAUUUGAAGUAAGACCGCCACGCAUGCAAUACAUUAUGACUGGGGAUUCCCCUAUUCGUCGACGCUGAAUAUGAGGCGACGACAAUCACUGUCAAACGUGUUCACUAUUACUCUGACUCUGGUAACGUGACUUCCUGGUAACGUGUUAGGUAGGAAAAGCAGUAAAAAAGUGCAUAUUAAGGGAGCAGAUUUGAAAUAAUAUUUAUACUUAACAAGAAAUAAUUAAAGGUUCAAUGGGGAGACCUAAAGAUUUACGCAUAUGGGAGCACUACCGUACUUUACCAAACAAGUCUGUUUCUUGCAAGCUUUGUAAUAAGGUCUACAAAUUCAGUAAUGCUGCCAAAAUGCUUCAACAUCUUAUCACUUGUCCAAAAUCUCCAGAAACAUUAAAAGACUCUAUGAAACUUAUAAAAGAUAGCUCGUCCAAAACCAAAAUGUCUGGACUGUCAGAGAUAGAGACAAAUGAUUCUUUUAUAAGCCCCUCGUCGUCUGCUAACACUACAAUAAAUGCUGAGUUUCAAGACACCGAUGAUCAUAUAAAAACAGAAUUAGCGAGAGCUAUAUUUGUAACAGGGACGCCAUUAUCGAUGGUGCAACAUCCUUUAUGGAUACAAUUUUUCGAAAAAUUGCAACCAAAAUUUAAAAUACCUUCACGUAAAGCUUUAGCGACAAAAUACUUAGAUAAAAUAUAUAGAGAAAUGCGUUUUGAGUUAAAUGAGGAACUAAAUGCUUGUAGUUACUUACACCUUCAGUGCGAUAGCUGGUCUAAUUUAAGAAAUGAAGGAAUAAUAAACUUUCUUAUAUCAAAACCUCAACCUGCAUACGUUAAAAGUUUGAAUACAGAAAGUAAUCCUCACACUAGUGAAUACCUUAGCCAAGAAGUUGAAAAAGUAAUGAAAGUGUAUGGAGCAAAUAAGUUUCUUGUACUUAUUGGCGAUAACGCUAGAAAUAUACAAAAGGCAUUCGAAUUAACAAAACUCAAAUAUCCACAUGUUGUUCCUCUCGGUUGCUGUGCACAUAUCCUUAACUUGUUGUGCCAAGAUAUUGUAAAGAUACAAGAAGUAACUGUGUUUAUUAUGCAAGCCAUAAAUAUAAUAAAAACUGUUAAAAGGAGUCAACGAUUAAGUUCCUUGUUGAUAAAAUCAAGGCAGGGUGAAGAUUCUACACAAACACUAAAAUUGCCUUGUGCUACAAGAUGGGGAAGUCAUGUUACUUCGUUAAAAAGUUUGAAAGCAAAUAAGAUAGCUUUGCAAAUAUUAACAGUUAGAGAAGAUGUGGUAAUUUCAAGAGAUAUUAAAGAUUUAAUUCUAAGUGAUGAUUUCUGGACGAAGACAGGGGAAUGUAUAAGUAUUUUGGAACCAGUCACUGAAAGCAUAUUUUACUUAGAGAGCGACCAGAAUCGUUUGCAUCGCACAUACAUUACAUUUAGAGAUGUACAAGCUAAGAUACGUUUUGCAUUAAAUGAGAUUUCGACAUUGAGCGAAGAAAGCAAACAGCAGAUUCUAACAUCAGUAUCUUCAAGAUGCAAUAUGGCAAUGAGGCCAAUACAUUUUGCAGCAUAUAUUCUAGACCCCAGGACUCUAGGAGUCGAACUUACUCAAGAGGAAGAACUUAAGGGUAUGGAGUUUAUCUACAAUUUAAGCCAACACUUAAGUUUGUCAAAUGUAAUGGCAGAUUUGGCGUGUUAUAAAGCUAAAGAAAACUUUUGGGCCAGAGGAUUUGUAUGGAGCUCAUUAGAUAGCAUUGAGCCCCUAAUAUGGUGGAAAGGUAUUUGUGGUUCCACUGAGUUAAGCAAAGUAGCGAUUCGUAUUCUAUCAGCUCCCUGUACUUCGGCAGCCACUGAGCGUUCCUUUAGUAUCCAAGGCUACAUACAUAAUAACAAAAGAAAUCGACUUACAACCGAAAGAACUGAAAAAAUUUCAUUCAUUUGUUAUAACUGGAAUCUUAAACAUAAAGCUGAAUGCGAGGACAUUCAGUUUAAUGAAGAAAAUACCUUAGAAGCUUUCAUUGAGCAAGUAAAUGAACAUAACAGUUUAGACGAAAUAGAGCCUAUCGAACCUAUACAAUUCAUCGCUUGUAAUAACUCUGAAUCUGACAGUGAUUGACUGUAGUUUUACAUUUUACUUUUCUCUUUCUUAAUAAACUCAAAAUCAAAUUAAAAGUUUUUUAUUCUGUAGGCUGCAUAAUAAUAUUGUCUAUGUCCAGUAUAGUGGACGUCUUGCGGCUGAGAUGACGAUGAUGAAGUACAAAAUCAUAAACACCCAAAAAUUUGGGUGUUUAUGGGGUUUAAACCCAAUAAACCCAAAACACCCGGUUUUUACCCACCAGACUUUAAACCCACCCAGGUGGAUUGC